CAUCGGGCUGGACUCCGGGCAGAGGCACAUCGGGCUGGACUCCGGGCAGAGGCACAUCGGGCUGGACUCCGGGCAGAGGCACAUCGGGCUGGACUCCGGGCAGAGGCACAUCGGGCUGGACUCCGGGCAGAGGCACAUCGGGCUGGACUCCGGGCAGAGGCACAUCGGAUUACCAGGCGAAGCAGCAGGCAGCGGGCCACCAGGCGGAGCAGCAGGCACCGGGCCACCAGGCGGAGCGGCAGGCACCGGCCACCAGGCGGAGCGGCGGGCAGGGCCACCAGGCGGAGGCAGCAUGGGCACCGGGCCCCCAGGCGGAGCGGCGGGCACCGGGCCCCCAGGCGGGGCGACGGGCAUCGGGCCCCAGGCGGGGCGACGGGCAUCGGGCCCCCCCCCAGGCGGGGCGACAGGUCUCAGGCCCCCAGGCGGAGUGACAGGUCUCAGGCUCCCAGGCGGAGCGACAGGUCUCAGGCCCCCAGGCGGAGCGGCGGGCGCCGGACCCCCAGGCGGAGCGGCGGGCACCGAGUCACCAGGCACGACAGUGGGCUCCGAGUCAACUGGCAUGACCGCUGGCACUGGGUCAGACAUUGGAUCGUCUGGCUGAACAGCGGGCAUCGGGUCACCAGGCAUCAGGUCAUUUGGCUCGACAGCGGGCACCGCGUCAUCUGGCAAGGCAGUGGGCUCCGAGUCAACUGGUAUGACCGCGCUCACUGGGUCAGACAUUGGAUCGUCUGGCUGGACAGCGGGCAUCGGGUCACCAGGCAUCAGGUCAUUUGGCUCAACAGCGGGCACCGCGUCAUCUGGCAAGACAGUGGGCACCAAGUCACC